AUGCGAAUCCGUUUUCCUUUUGCUAUCGCCUUCCUGGUUCUCCUCAUCUUCUCCUCGUCGAUCGGUCUGCUUCCGUACUCUUCGCUCCCCUCCACACCUGCGGCGGCGCAACCCUAUAUUCCCCGUCAAUCCGACAAGGCGCUCCAUUUUGUAUUCUUUUUCGCCCUGACAGCAACAUUCUACUUUAUCCUCGAUACCACUCGGAGACGGGUUAUUCACCUCACACUGGUUGUCUGCACACUAUGUCUCGCCGUUGGAAGCGAAGUUGCUCAGCACCUGCUGCCAAACGAUCGCGAGUUUGACCCUUGGGAUGUCCUUGCCAACGUAAUAGGCAGCUUGGCAGCACUGGGCCUAGCCAGCGCAUACCAUCGACGUGCCGCCGAAAGACGAAGAAGGGCCAAAUUCACCGCUCUCGCGGGUGACGGUCUCGAAGGAGAGGAUUUAGAGCUGGGAGAGGGCACCAAUGGGGGACUUGGAGGAUCGGAUGCAGAUGCCCAGGAAACGGGUGUUGUGAACCGGUCAGUCGAGGAAGAGUUAGAUAACUGGGACGAGAAUGUUCCCGACGACGCUUGGGAAGACGACGACGAUAUCACGACAAAUGGUCAAAACACCAAAGUAACCCCUUCAACGAGCUCAGUGGGAAGUGAAGAAGCUCUCAAGAAACUAGCCGUGGAUUGA